CUUUUCGUAUUCAUGUUAGUCCAACUACAAAAUCAAUUCUGGAUAUUUUGGGCGGUUAUCAUUUACAAUUACGUGGUAAAGUUGAAUUAAAAGGCAAAGGUUUAGUUGAUUCAUUUUGGUUAAUUGGAAAAGAUAAUUUCAAUAAACCCCUACCUGAUCCACCGCCAUUAAUUGA